CGUCGCAGCGGCUUGGGCCCUCCGGCCCUCCGUAGCCGCUCGACUGUCGCGCUGCACCAGCUUCCUCCUCGGCGUUCCCACGCCUAUUUGGGCGGAUUCUUGGCGCCGGAGGAAGAGGCAGGGUCACCCUCUCUCCACGUCAGGGACCUGACUGUGGAGAUGGCGGCUCAGAAGAUAAACGAGGGGCUGGAACACCUCGCCAAAGCAGAGAAAUACCUGAAAACUGGUUUUUUAAAAUGGAAGCCAGAUUAUGACAGUGCCGCUUCUGAAUAUGGAAAAGCAGCUGUUGCUUUUAAAAAUGCCAAACAGUUUGAGCAAGCAAAAGAUGCCUGCCUGAGGGAAGCUGUUGCCCAUGAAAAUAAUAGGGCUCUUUUUCAUGCUGCCAAAGCUUAUGAGCAAGCUGGAAUGAUGUUGAAGGAGAUGCAGAAACUACCAGAGGCCGUUCAGCUAAUUGAGAAAGCCAGCAUGAUGUAUCUAGAAAACGGCACCCCAGACACAGCAGCCAUGGCUUUGGAGCGAGCUGGAAAGCUUAUAGAAAAUGUUGAUCCAGAGAAGGCUGUACAGUUAUAUCAACAGACAGCUAAUGUGUUUGAAAAUGAAGAACGCUUACGACAGGCAGUUGAAUUACUAGGAAAAGCCUCCAGACUACUAGUACGAGGACGUAGGUUUGAUGAGGCGGCACUCUCUAUUCAGAAAGAAAAAAAUAUUUAUAAGGAAAUUGAGAAUUAUCCAACUUGUUAUAAGAAAACAAUUGCUCAAGUCUUAGUUCAUCUACACAGAAAUGACUAUGUAGCUGCAGAAAGAUGUGUCCGGGAGAGCUAUAGCAUCCCUGGGUUCAAUGGCAGUGAAGACUGUGCUGCCCUGGAACAGCUUCUUGAAGGUUAUGACCAGCAAGACCAAGAUCAGGUGUCAGAUGUCUGCAACUCACCGCUUUUCAAGUACAUGGACAAUGAUUAUGCUAAGCUGGGCCUGAGUUUGGUGGUUCCAGGAGGGGGAAUCAAGAAGAAAUCACCUGCAACACCACAGGCCAAGCCUGAUGGUGUCACUGCCACGGCUGCUGAUGAAGAGGAAGAUGAAUACUCAGGAGGACUAUGCUAGUAUUUUGCUUGCUGAAAAGAAAAGGGAAACAAAGGUAAAAUCCUGACAUGCCAUUUCAAGGACUUGGGAAUAGAUUAGGGAUAUCCGUACUUCAUUACAGUCAUGAUUUUGGAUCCUAAUAAAGACUAGUUUUUAGUUACCAUCUUCCCAAAUCACUCAUUGUAUCCAUUACCUGUGAAGCAUAUCUUUUUCUUUCCAUAAGAGCUUUUCUAAGACACCAGCAGGAAUUAACAGAAAAUCUACUGUCAUGUUUUAAUAUAGUUGAUUAAAAAAUUUGCAAGCCAAAUUAUACAUAAAUUAUGUUCUAAACAAAAGGGGUAAUAAGCAUAGGUAUUCUCUCUUGGACACUUGUAAGUUACCGUUAGUGAAUUGUUUUUUACGUUUCAUUUAAUAAUUGCUGCUAAAGGUGAUGUUUACUGAUAAAUUAUUUUAAAAUUUUUUUUGUUUUGAAAAGUAAAUUUAUCCCCCAUGAUGUUAGAUACAUUUAAAUUAUUAAGUCUUUUCAGAGAUGAGAUGGGGACAGGAAGUUAUUUUGAGCCUUACAAUAUUAUUUAGCCCAAUAAAAGAUGCAUUGAAGCUCUUAUAUAUUAUGAGUUUGAAAAAUUUUGAAGGUAGCAUAUUGAAGUGAUCUAUAAAUAUCUUCAGUCCUCUCUGAAGUGUGGGUAUUUCUUCUAUCUAAAAAAUACAUACAGUGACUGUCUUCAAAUCUACUUGGUUCUUGACCAAAUAGGAGCUAAUGGGUAAUGAAUACCUUUUUGUUUGUUUGUUUGUUUGUUUCUUUCUUUUUUUUUUAAGGGUCUCACUCUUUUGCCCAGGCUGGAGUGCAGUGGCACGAUCAUGGCUCCCAGGCUAAUGUUUUUAUUUUUAAUUUGUAAUUUUUUUUUAAUUUUUUUUGUUGAGAUGGAGUUGCUCCAUGUUGCACAGGCUGUUCUCAAACUCCUAAGCUCAAGCCAUCUGCCUGCCUUGGCCUCCCAAAGUGCUGAGAUUGUAGACAUAAGCCACCUCACCCAGCCUAUGAAUAUCUUUCUAACAUUGUAAGAAUGAGGUAAUGUUUCCAUCAGUCUAAUACAGAUAUAUUUCUUCCCUCCAAAACAGUUUGAUUGUUUAUUUUAUUUUGAUUGUAACUCCGUCAUAACUUGACAUGGAAAAUGCUAUAUACUAUGAAAACUUAGCUGAAAGGGAAGAAUUGUUUUAGAAAGACAAUAUUUAAAACACCGCACUGCCAAUAUAUUGAUCCUUUAUAGUUAUUUCCUAAAAUGCUGUUUUCGAAACAUUCCUUUUUCACCCUGUUGUGUGGCUUAGACCCAUCUCAUAAUCUGUUAAUUGGAAAGAGGCUACAAACACCAGCAGUGUGCGUUCUGCAGGUACACGCUGCCAAAGUAAUUUCCUGCUUAUUCAUGCCCUGUCUCUGUCUCUUUUAGAGUCAUACCUUAUUUGAGUAUAGGUUGCUUAAUUUUGCUAGACUUUCUGAAAACACUAAGGUGGAGUAUCAGAAGUGAUUUUAGUCACAGUUCUGUGGGAGAGCUUAGAAUAACAUCCUCCUUUGGGAGGUGGUCUCGGGUGCAUGGAUGUUGGUAUACAGUCUUUAUUGUAAGUCUGAUACAAAAUGCUAAAAUAAAUUUAAUGUUUUUCUUCCUUAAUUUAUUGGCAUAGUUCUUCAGGUAGCAUCUCAUUUUUAUUAAUGAUAUUGGGAUUAACUAUGAACAAGUUAUAUGUAGACAUUUGCAUUUAAGGACAUUGCAGUGUUUCAAAGAUCCCAUCAUUGCAGCUUGUAUCCUUUAGAUCCAAUCGGAAACUUCUGGAGUCUUACAUUAACGCUCAUUUGAGCUAAUUAGUAAUCUGUUUAAACAGAUUUGGCAAUACUUUAAAGAUACUGUAGACUAUUUAUGUAUAGAUAGAUCAUAUUACCCAUUAAAGUCUUGGGGAAAAAAUUUUUUAAUUUUACUCUUCUUAUGUACUGAAAACUUUUUUUAAAAAAGGUGAUGAUGAAGUGCAUUCUGUAGCAGCAGUGCAGCUAUGCUUUAAACCACACAAAAGGCUGUGUCCAAGUGCAGCCUCCUUCACCCUUCCUGCCCACGGUGAGGAUUGAAUAACCAGGACUUGGGGAUAUUGUUUGUUGUCAGGGUUAUUCUAUGUGGUAAGGAAUAUUUGUUUCACAUUUAUACAUUUUCUUUUUCCACUCACGUAAGUUUCUAUCUUGAGAGCAUAGUCCGAAGUGCAAAACUUGGUGUUUACAAGGAAAAUUGUCUUCCAGAACUCCACUGUCAUCACUUUCAACAAAGUGGAAGUUUGCAUGAAUAUGCUCAGAAUCUAAUAUUCAAUGUUCUGUUACAUUGUAAGUGAAGUCCAGCUACAAAAUAGAUUUAAUAUAUUGAAUUUAUUUGUACAUAUGCAGAGUAUGGUAUUUCUGUAUGGAAUCUGCUUUAUUCCUAUUUUUUCCAACUCUGAUGAGUAGAAUAUUAAAUGUGUUGUUAUGGAAAUACAGAUUAUUGCUUCUAUAGGAAGAUAAUUAUGAAAAUAAAACCUGAAACUAUAUAAAUAUAA